UUCCAUUGGCUUGUCAUUUGAACACAGAAUCAAACCUUUGUUAUUGUCAUUUCCACAUCAAAGGACCAGAUAAAGAAUAUGAAGCAAAAGAUAGUGAUGAAGGUGCAGAUGAACUGCCAGAAGUGCAGGACCAAGGCCUGUGAGAUUGCUGCUUCUUCAGAUGGUGUGGAGGAGAUAAGGAUAGAAGGGGAGGAGAAAGAUCAGGUGGUGGUGAUAGGGGAAGGGGUGGAUUCCAUUCGCAUGGUCCAGUGUUUGCGGAAAAAGGUUGGAUGGGCUUACAUCUUAAGCAUUGGUGAAGUAAAGCCCAAUAAUCCAAAGCAGCAGCAGCAGCAGAAGCAGGAGGAGAAGAAGGAACAGGAGAAAUCCAGUUCCAAACCAGCAACUCACUCUGAUCCUCAAGCUUUUCAAUAUCAUCAUCAUCAUCAUCAUUAUUAUUCGCAGUUCGUAGGAUACGAUGUGAUUUACGAAGAACCAAUGCCAAGUUAUAACUGCUCUCUCAUGUGA